ACUCAUGCUCCACACUCCAGUCCAGUUGGUGGCGGUAAUGCACCAUUAGUUGGCUUGUCAACCGCCAUUACACUACAGGAAGAAGAAAAGAAACCAGGAAUUGCGCUGUUGCUAUCGGGUUGACUGCUAGAAAGCAGUAUGGAGGGUUUGAAGUCCUCUAGCAGCACCAUGCAAGUGAGUUUUGUCUGUCAGCGCUGCAGUCAGCCAUUAAAGCUUGACACAUCCUUCAACGUGUUAGACAGAGUGACCAUCCAUGAACUCACUGCUCCAUUAUUAACUGUAACAACCAGUAAACAACCAGACAGCUGUGAGGGCAGCAGUGUUCCUGAGGAAACCUUUUUGGAGAGCAAACAGGAUGGUGUUGCCCGAAAAUACAUUGCAUCUGCACGGUUAAUGGCGACUGAAAGCACAAACAGCUUCACUCUUAUUGGAGAAGCUUCAGAUGGAGGAACUAUGGAGAACUUGAGCCGCAGACUGAAAGUGACAAGCGACUUGUUUGACAUCAUGUCUGGUCAAGCGGAUGUUGAUCACCCUCUGUGUGAAGAGUGUACAGACACACUCCUGGACCAUUUAGACACACAACUCAACAUUACAGAGAAUGAGUGUCAAAAUUACAAGUGCAGGGUUACGUAUGAUUUUAACAUGAACUUCAAUACUGGGGUCAAAAGUAAUGGGACAGUUGACUUAAAAGCUUUGGACAGGAACUGUUUAGACCUGCUAUCUCAGCUGCAAGAAGAGGAGGAGGCCAGUCUGCUGGCUGAGCUGCAGCAGCUAAAACAGAAGGAAGAAUCAAUGGUCCAGGAGCUAGAGAGCAUCGAGGUGCAGCGUGAAGCUGUGGCCAAAGAGUUGGCUGAAGGACGCAUCCACAGCCAACACCUGGACACUGAAGAACUUCAGUAUCAAAAGGAAUACUGUGAGUUUAAGCGGCAACAGCUAGAGUUGGAUGAUGAUAUUAAAAGUGUGGAUAAUCAGAUGCGUUACUGCCAGAUUCAGCUGGAUAGACUCAAGAAGACCAACGUUUUUAACGCCACCUUUCAUAUUUGGCACAGUGGGCAGUUUGGAACAAUAAAUCACUUUCGACUAGGGCGAUUACCCAGUGUGCCGGUGGAGUGGAAUGAAAUUAAUGCUGCUUGGGGUCAGACUGUACUUCUGCUGCAUGCUCUCGCAAGCAAGAUGGGUCUGCACUUUCAGAGAUAUCGACUUGUUCCUUAUGGAAAUCAUUCUUAUCUGGAAUCUCUCACGGAUAAGUCCAAGGAGUUACCCUUGUAUUGUUCAGGUGGUUUGCGCUUUUUCUGGGAUAAUAAAUUUGACCACGCUAUGGUGGCCUUCCUCGACUGCGUGCAGCAGUUCAAAGAGGAGGUGGAAAAAGGGGACACAGGCUUCUGUCUGCCAUACAGAAUGGAUGUGGACAAAGGCAAGAUUGAGGACACAGGUGGCAGUGGAGGAUCUUACUCUAUAAAGACUCAGUUUAACUCGGAGGAACAGUGGACCAAAGCCCUCAAGUUCAUGCUUACUAACCUUAAAUGGGGUCUGGCCUGGGUCUCCUCUCAGUUCUACAAUCGCUGAUUCUUAUUAUGGCUUGAUAUACAACUCUGAAAAACAAUAUGGUAUUGAGUAAUGGAAAUUAUUACUGAUUUUGCAGUGUUAUACUAGUAAUAAAAAAUAAGCUGUUUGUAAACUAAAAGCUAUAAAUAAAAUGAACUAUAUUUACUGUUAAAUGUAAUAUAUUCUAUUGAUGUGGUUGGAUUAAAGUUUACUGCUCAGUA